CGCUUGUUACCUUUUUGUAAUGUUUGACGACCCACUGUCUCACUCCCUCCAGCUGCACUAAAGUCUCCGGACUCUCCCAGAACAAGGCGGAUGGGCUCCCGUCUUUUUUCCGAUAUGACGCCGUUCCGCCGCUGGUCAGGCUCGAUCCGGAAAACUCAUUGUUUGAUCCUCCUGACAUAGUGGCCGUGUUCAUUCAUCCAUUCACACAUGCAUCGUCUUUUCCGUACGCUGACAGGCCUGAGCUGCUCGAGCUUAUAUAUAUCGCUUCUAAACUGCACUAGAAAAUUGACAAAUGCGACUGUGCUAACACUAGCAUUUACGUUAACCUUUUCUUUUCCGAGAGAAAUGCAGACACCUUGAUGCAGACACAUGGAGUAGGCGAACCAAUUAAGCUGGUUUCAUAGUAAGACGUGCAGUCCUGUUUCGCUUGGAAAUUUGAAUAAUUACAUUGUUGUCACAAUGUGUGCUAGCUGUUUAGCGCUCUGGGUCUCCUUCUUUUUCACAAUUGUUGUCGGCGCAGCUACUGAUUUUGGUCGUAGCGCCCCCUGCAGGAGGCGGUUAUAUUUCUAAUGUGGUCAGCGACUAGUCUUUCCCUUUGAUGAAAGGCAUUAUAUUAAAUUAUAAAAUUAUAAUUAUAAAGCCAUCCAAUAAGUCUACACUUCGUUUCACAAUUGUUUCAGAAAAGGUCCGUUUUGGAGAGACUGAUAUUGUUUCUUUUUUAUUUACGCCAUGACAACAAUUCCCAUUCCAGUCCCAUAGAUGGCAGUAAAAUCACUAUUCUCGUUUGUCAAAUAAAAAAAAACAUGGAGCGAUCAGAAGUUUUUACUGACUGAAAACCCUCCAGUGCGCCACAGUCGUCACCAAAUACGUUUUUUUUAAUGACCGGAUUUACGAAACAGUUGAGUCAAUAUUUCCACACAUGUGGAAGUGACCUCUCCGUGACGUGUUUGCAGGAACUUCCCCAAACCUUGAGGAGAUGGGUGUCCAUGGUUUGACUACAUAUGUGGAGGGAAACGGUCGUUUGUUCAGCACCGUGAAGCUGAAAGACUCUCGCCUGGUUAUAGACGGUAACAGUUUGUACUUCCGCCUCUACUUCGAUCACCAUUUGGACCAGCUUCAUGGAGGAGACUACGGUGCUUUCGCUGCCCUGCUGGGGGAGUUCCUCUCCGCCCUGGCUGCGUGCAACAUCCAGCCCUAUGUGGUGCUGGACGGCGGCAUCGACCCCAGUAACAGGAAGAUGGCAACAUUGCAGGAUCGAUUCAAGAGCAAGAUUAAAGAAGCCCACCUGAUCUCUCAAGGGCGCCAUGGCUGUGUACUGCCCCUCCUCACCAGAACGGUCUUCACCCAAGUCCUCAAACAAAGAGGCAUUCCCGUGGUCCAGUGUCCGUCAGAGGCAGACUGGGAGAUUGCCUGUCUCGCACGGCAGUGGAACUGUCCUGUUCUCACUGCUGACAGUGAUUUUUACAUCUUUGACCUGCCAGGAGGAUACCUGCCGUUCAAAUACUUCGAAUGGGAAAAAGUCAAAUCCCAAGGCUCCCUCUUCUUCAUCAAGACUCGUUGCUACUUUACGAGCCAUCUGUGUCAAAGGUUCGGUGGUAUGAACCCGGAGUUGCUCCCCUUGCUAGCAGUUCUAGCCGGCAAUGACUACGCCUCACCAAAGGAUCUCCAGAAACUUCUUGCGAGAAUAGCUGCGUAUGGGAUGUCCAGAGGUGGCGCUAGGAACAAAACCGCUUCCUCUAUCGAGCAGAUUCUGACUUGGCUGUCCACCUUCUCCAGUUCAGCAGAAGCUCUGGCAGAAGUUGACAGUCUGAUGGGACAGGAUGAGCGCAGUGGUGGGCUCAGUUCAAGGCUGUGGGAGGGGAUGCAGGAGUACAAUAUCAGCUGUGGGAGUUCUCUCGCCAGCUGGUUCUCUGGAGGAAGGGGAGCUGCCGGGAAGCAGAGUCCUCAGUUUGCGCAGCUCCCUCAGUCUUUGUCUCGGGCUGCCGAACACGGGUGCCUGGCUCCUUUAUUGGUGGAUGCUUUUGUGAUGCGUAAGGUCAUGCUCAUAGCGCAGGUGGAGAACAGCAAACUUCCCAGCAGCCACUUGUGUGCUCAGCCCAUACGGCAGGCUGCGUAUGGGAUACUGCUGAGGAGAAGCCCCCAGUUACCUGACAUGCUGAAUAGAGACACUGCCAGGGGCAAGAGAGGGCGAGGUGCACUUCCCCAGCAUGCAGCACGAGGACAAGCGGCGCCUUCAACAGCAACGCAGACUCAAAUAUUUGUGGAGGAAUAUGAUCGACUUGAUCUCUCCUUCAAGAAAAACCAGGUGGAGGCACGAUAUUUAAGAUCAAACCUGUGUGUGGAUACACUCAGUCAGGCUCCUCUAGCAACUCGACUGGGCGUCAUACUGGAAGUCUUCAAUAUGAAAGAGUCGGCUUUGGCCCUGGUCCCUCUGAACCUGAGGCUACCAAUAGCAGUAACCCACUUCUGGCUGCAGGAGGCCAAACCCAAGCCCUCACAGGCCCAUCUGGAGGCACUGCUGCUGGGGAUUGUCUGUGCUGAGCUGACACGGAUGAGUCAUAUGGGAGGUAUCUACUGCGCAGACACAGAUGCCAUCGCAGCCCAGGCUCUGUGCAGAGUGGGGCAAGCAGGGAGGAGGCCACUGAAUCUGGGGGCGGCUCACGCCUACAGCCAGUGGACGGCCUGUCUCUGGAGUUCACUGCAUCUCAAUCAGCUGCUGCUGCUGCCGCUGCCUGAGCCUGACGUAGCAUGCUUGUUCAACGGCAGGUUGGUGCACGGGUUGCUCAUGUGUCAGCAAGCUGGCCAGUCAGCUGACACUCUCCUGAUGGAAGAGUCUUACGCCAGGCAGCUCUUCUACGACAUGCUCUCUGCUGCCAGAAACUGGAGCUCCACGACUUCUCCUGCCUUUUCUAAUGCAGAGAAUAGCGGUAGUGGAAAAGGUAGAGGUGGAGGAGGGCGUGGAGGAAGAGGCCAAGAAGGAGGAAGAGGCAGAGGGGGUAACAGAAGAGGCAGAGGAGGAGGCGGAAGAGGUGGAGGAGGAAAAGCUGCAGGUGGCGGACAGAGAGCAUCUGGGACCAUUAACAGGUUUGCACUUCUUUCCAUGGAUUGAGUGGAAACUACUCCUACUGGUCCUACUGUGGGUACUACAAAAAAGAUGAAGUGAAGAAUCAGUAAAUGUGGCUUUUGUGUGAUAUCAACAAAGAUGCUGAGAUGCUUUAGGGCCGUGACUCUAAGCUUUCGAUGUGCCCGUCAGACUGGGAAUAUAUAUCUGCCGUGAGUGGCUGUUAAUGUUGACCGUCUGCCAAGCGGAGUGAACAUGCUGUUCACAUGAACUCAUUUAUGGCCACAUACUGUCCUGCUGUUGUUGUCGCAACAGAACCAGUAUGAACUUCUUGCUUCCACUUCUCUGACCCGGGCACCGCUCGACUAAUUCCUCCUUCCUAGUGCCUCUUGGAUGAAGCGGAAACAUGAGGAGCAGGUGGUUAUGAAGUUUUGACUCGUGUGUGUACUUCAGGGAGCAGCAAUUUUAGCAAGCGACUGUUUCCAGAACUGACACGAUAAGUGUAUUUCAAAUGUUGGAUUUGUCUUAAAUUGUAACCCAAAAUUGACACAAGUCUCUUUUAAAAACUUUAUAAGUCACAAUGCAUAUUUCAAGUCAGGGUGGCCGUGGUGACUCAUCAGAACUGGGUUCCCAGAAAAUAAUGAUGAUGUUAUUCUUUUAACUGACUGUGCAUCUGUUAAAGUGCCUCGACUUGUGGUUCACCUGAGCAGCAUGGAUUCAUUUGAAACGCUGACAUACUGAGGUCACAUGUUUUUACCAUAUAGAGGACAUAAUGGCAACAAAAGUAAUUUAAAUUAGUAAUACAGGCUCAUGUCAAUUAAAACAAAGCAUGUAUGCUUCGUUUUAAUCACAUGUUCACCAACUGUAUUGCUGCAUAUGAUGCUGAAAGCUAGCAGCCAAAUUUUCUCUGAUCACAUCAAGUCCAGGUCGAUGCUGAAUUUAUUCUCUCUUUGUGUGAUGCGUCAUCAAACAAGUUGCAGUCGAUGCUUACUAAGGUAGCUGCUAAUCCCUUAGCUUCAUAUACCACUUACAUAUUAUACUCAUUUAUACAUUUUUAAUUAUAACAUGACAUUCUGAUGCGCAAUCCGGAUUGUAUCAGCACUUCCUCUAUGUUAUUAUUGUGUGCACUGUUCCCAUCUGGAAGCUGUUGUCACUGCUCAGGCGUAGACUUCUGUUUGCUUACUGCUUCUAAAAACUCAAUGCCUAAAAAGCCUGCCUAAUAAGAAAGCGUAUGAAUUUCAAUAUACAAGCAGAUGUCACUGAAGAAAACUGUUUUUUGUAUUUUUCAGUCACGAGUUAUUAUGACUUUGUCAGUCAGUCAGCUGAUUUUAAAGCACUUUAAAGUGUAAUCCGUUCUUUUAGGACGUGAUGUGCCACUGUGCCUGACCAACUGAAUCGUGAGCAGAAAUGUAAUUCUGAUUUACUUUUACUGUUUUCACACUGCUUGUUUUUGUUUGCACUAUUCUGUCUCUCAGUUGAUGUUUACAAGACGAGAACGCAGCUGAUAAAAAUGACCAGCCUUGUUGUUAGACUUGCUUUUGCAACCUCUGGUUUUGAGGAACGUUUUUAUGCAGCGUUUUAAAGGUCCCAUAUUCUGAUUCUCUCUGUCUUACAUUCCUACAAAGUUUUCUUGCACGUUUCAGAUGACCUUGAUCCCUCUUAUAUCUGGGAUAUUUUUUAUAAUUUAUAAAAUCAUAAUUAAUAUAUGCAUUUCAUUGUGUAUGGAGUUAGCAGAGUCAAAGUUUAUACAGUUAGCAGUUAGUUUAUACAGUUGUUUAGUGUCCCAGAUAGUUCCUCUAUGUUCCCCCAGAUGUGCUGGAUAAGAUUUCUAAUAAGGGAGGCUUGAUCUGCCUUCCCUCCACCUAUUUGAGUGUGAUGUCAUCCAGCAAUGGAAAAUUUUCGUAAAUAUGACUUGACAAAUUAAAUGAGAUUGAAUAUUGAUGUGAGUGUUGUAUGGGAUCUUUAAGGUUCAGACAUAAAUCCAAACAGGUCAAUUGCAAUAAAUCACGUGUUGCAUCGUGAACAUAAUAAACGUGACUUUUUUUUAAAUUUAAAUCAUUUGUGUGUUGUUCUUAACUGAAGUAUGAGUACUAAAAGCUACUUGGACUUCUGACAUGACAAUGUCAAUGUAAUUUAAAUUUUGGUGGGUUUUUUCCCCAUGUUUUAUAUAUAUAUAAACAGUUAGGAAAUUAAUUUAAUAUUAUGGGGG